AAUCCUGUUUUCCGAGCUCUUGUGUGUGGUCAGAUGCCUACCUACCUAGGCAGGUUCCCACGCGUUGAACUAAUUUGGUGUCAACACUAUCCCCGCACAUGCUCACUUGCCUAUUGAUAACUCUGGCGGAAAACUCCUAAAAUUUUUUUUCCCAUUCAUUCUUUGCUCUUCCUGGUUGCCUUAUCUGUCAGGUGGCGGAUAUGGCCUAACUGACUUCUCUUCUUUAACCCCCAGUUUCCCUCUUGACUUUCAACUUCUCAGCUCCUGUGGUUUCUGGGUCAAACUCAUGUCAAAGUAGCGUAGCACCAUGACGAAUGACGGUGUCUUGGAGGGCGUAACUCCCAAAGAAAUAUCUCCCGCCUCUCAGGACCCUAUUAGUCCUUCUUCGCAUCAAGGAAGCCCCAGAACUGUGUCCGAUGAUGAUCUGAGCUGCUCCAAAGGAGCUGACGUGGAGAAGAAGGUCAUUCCCGAGUCACGUCCCAUCGAUAACAGCAGCGAGAACAGAAGUGAUCGAGAUGUAGAAGCAACUGGUCGUUCAUCUGCUAUGAAGAUGAAGCUCCAUCGCUACUACAAGCUGUAUUUCAAACAUGUGGCAUUGGCUGUUGUGUGGCUCCUAUUUACUGGAUGGUGGAUUGCUGGACUCAUUCUCCAUCGCUAUGAUCUGGGUUGGCUGGUGCCAUUCCUUCUAUACCUGGCUAUUACUUUGCGAGUCAUCUUCCUCUAUGUCCCAAUUGCCAUUCUCAUGCGGCCGGUCCGCUUCAUCUGGGACCAGACGGCUCCUCGCGUUGUGGGUGUUAUCCCAGAGCAUCUUCGCAUCCCAGGAGCCGCUUUGUUGACAAUUGCCGUGAUUCUGAUCGGUUCUUUUGCCUCUCCCGAGACUGCAGAUAACACUCGGGCUAACCGUGCUGUCAGUCUGUUUGGACUCUUUGUGUUCCUUUUUAUCCUAUGGCUCACUUCAAGACGUCGUGACAGGAUUGUCUGGCACACCGUCAUCGUGGGUAUGCUGGUGCAGUUCAUUGUUGCUCUAUUCGUGCUCCGCACCAAAGCCGGUUAUGACAUCUUUGAUUUCAUUUCUGGAUUGGCCAGGGACUUACUGGGGUUUGCACAAGACGGUGUCAACUUCUUGCUCGCAGAUAACUUUGCCGCAGACCACCCUUACUUCCUGAUCACCGUCAUCCCCGCCAUCAUCUUCUUCGUCUCCCUUGUCCAACUGCUCUACUACUCCGGAGUCCUUCAGUGGGCGGUCCGUAAGUUUGCCGUUUUCUUCUUCUGGUCUAUGCGCGUCUCUGGUGCGGAAGCCGUGGUAGCAGCAGCCUCCCCCUUCAUCGGCCAAGGAGAAUCCGCUAUGCUCAUCAGACCUUUCAUCCCCUACCUCACCCUCGCCGAAAUCCACCAAGUGAUGUGCUCUGGAUUUGCCACAAUCGCCGGUUCCGUGCUCGUCGCCUACCUCGGAAUGGGCGUCAAUGCCCAGGCCCUCAUUUCCUCUUGCGUGAUGAGUAUCCCCGCCUCCCUGGCAGCAUCUAAACUUCGCUGGCCCGAGGAAGAAGAAACCCUCACAGCAGGCCGCGUCGUCAUCCCCGAAGAACAGGACGAUAGACCCGCCAACGUUCUCGACGCCUUCACCAAGGGCGCUUGGAUAGGUAUUAAAAUCGCCGGUAUGAUCGGCGCCACCCUGCUGUGCAUCAUCUCCCUUGUCGGUCUGAUCGAUGGUCUCCUGACUUGGUGGGGUCACUACCUGAACAUCAACGAUCCCCCUCUAACCCUUGACCUGAUUGUCGGCUACAUCUGCUACCCUAUCGCUUUCCUCCUGGGUGUUUCUCGCGACGGGGACCUCCUAAAAGUUGGAAAACUCAUCGGAACAAAGCUCGUCAUUAACGAAUUCGCCGCCUAUACAGCUCUCCAAAAAGACGUAGAAUACCAAGACCUCUCCAAUCGCUCCCGAUUAAUUGCUACCUACGCUCUCUGCGGCUUCGCAAACAUCGGCUCCCUAGGAAACCAAAUCGGUGUGCUGGCUCAACUGGCGCCCACUCGGUCAGGCGAUGUUUCCCGCGUUGCGGUGAGCGCGUUGCUCACGGGUGCGAUUAGUACGUUUACAAGUGCAGCAAUUGCAGGGAUGCUAAUUACGAAUGAGAGUCAGUUUAUAUUUUCUGCGGAUAGUGCUUAGGUUAGGUUUUUUUUUUUUCAAUAUCAAGUACCUAGGUAGUACUUUGUGGUGUGGUCUAUGUAUGGUCUAUGUAGAUAAUGGUAUGUAUAUGCUCUGUUUUUCCUGAGUCUCGGUCUCAUCGUGGGUGGGUUAGGGAUUUGGAGGGAAGAUUGUGUAUGCUUUGCUGAUAUCCGUUGCUGAUACUCCAGGCCGUUCUUUUUCUCUCUUCUCUCCUCGAUCAAGAUAGUAAAAAUAACAGUAGCAGCAGUAGUAGUAGUGAAG